AUGAACACGAAGUACGAACGAACGGUCAAAGGAAAGGGGGAGGAUUCACAUUCGAUGACGAAGAAUUGAACAAAAGUAUAUAAAUCAAUUUCAGAAAAGAGGGAGAAAAACUAUUUUUAAAUUCCAAGCUCCAUUAAAAGAAAUUAGCAGCUGCUGGUCUUCGUCCCCCUUCUUCCUUUGAAGGCGAAGACAAAUUAUCCGCCGUCAUCCGUUUCCCGGUCAAAUCUGAGAAUGAACACCAACAACAAACUCGUCUUCAUCAGCUAAAACGGGCUACCCCAAUCCAGGAAAUGGGUAUGCAAUCUGGGAUCUGCUUCUGCUGUUCUACAUUUUGGGUUGUGAGUGGAUUAACGCCUUAAAUGGAAUCCAUGACAUUUUGAUAUAGGAGUAUUGUUAAUUAGAGCCAUUUUUAGGAUAUAGGAUGAAAAUGAAUUGUGGUUUGUAUAUUCAGUUGUAUCAAAAUCUGAGAGAACCUGGUGAGCCAAUAUAUUCCAAGUAGUAGAACAUUUAGCUCGUUUUGUUCAGGCACUUGGUUUAGUAUUUGAUGAUUAUAUCAAAACCUUCUACUUCAGGAUCUUUUGGUGAAUAUUAACAAUUAUCUAAGGCGACGUGGUUGAGGAUGGCCGAUGGAAUAUCAAGUUUCUGGGGUCCUGUCACAUCUACAACAGAGUGCUGCGAGAAGAAUUAUGCUUCUUCUUCUUAUAUUGCUGAGUUUUAUAACACAGUGUCAAACAUCCCAACCAUUCUUUUGGCUCUGAUCGGUCUCACAAAUGCCUUGCGACAGCGUUUCGAGAAGAGAUUUAGUGUACUUCAUAUAUCAAAUAUGAUACUGGCCAUUGGUAGUAUGUUCUACCACGCCACAUUGCAAAAAGUGCAACAGCAAGGUGAUGAAACACCAAUGAUCUGGGAGAUGCUUCUUUACAUGUACAUUCUCUAUUCACCAGAUUGGCAUUACCGAAGUACGAUGCCAACAUUUCUCUUCCUGUAUGGAGCCAUGUUCGCCGUGGCUCACUCGAUUCUUCGUUAUGACAUUGGUUUCAAGGUGCAUUAUGUGAUUCUCUGUCUCCUAUGCAUGCCUCGGAUGUACAAAUAUUAUAUAUAUACAAAAGAUGCCUCGGCUAAACGACUAGCGAGGCUGUACUCGUUGACUCUUCUCUUAGGCAUUUUCUGUUGGGUUAUGGAUCAAGGUUUCUGUGAGAAGAUAUCACAUUGGAUUAUCAAUCCUCAAGGACAUGCCCUGUGGCAUGUAAUCAUGGGUUUGAGUUCCUAUUAUGCAAACACAUUCUUAAUGUUUUGCCGGGCGCAGCAAAGAGGAUGGGCCCCUAAAGUACUUCAUUUAAUGGGAGUUCUCCCCUACGUGAAGAUUGAGAAACCAAAAACCCAGUAAGAAGACAGGAAUGUGAAGACAGACAAAUUUUGACCUAUGUUGAGUGUUUCCAUGGAGGUAGACAGAGAGAUUUUUUUUUUUUUUUUUUUUUAAAAAAAGCAAUCUUUUUGGCAAUGUUGUUUCUUUUCCAAUUUUCAUUAAGGAAUUAAUAGAAACUUAGAUUUUUGUAACAGCAUUUACGUAUUUUUGUUGAUUGACAUGAGGCAUGAUUCUUGAGGAUUUAUCGUCAAAAA